UCUGUAGGAACAUCCAGCAAUGAGCCGCUAACCAUCCUGACAGGGCAUUAAAGUAAAGCAAGACGACUCAGUUCUGGGAGUAUUCCAAACGAGUGUACCAGGGGGUCAGGGUCAAGCAUACAGUCAAAGACCUGCUGGCAGAGAAGAGGUCACGGCAAACCGGUGUGCCACACUUUCCUGGGAUCUCAGCUCCUCAGAGCCCAUUCGUACCAAUGACAGGUUCUCAUGCACUGCCGGGAUACUACAGUAUGAGGAGGCCGUUCAUUUCCGAAGCCGAGUUCUCCACUUCCAGCAAGCAGCUCUCCACCGACGUUCACUCAUCAGCACUGACGGGGAAGUCUGUGUCAUGUGAUCCAGUGCCGAUCCAGUACCAGUCUCUCUUGGAUGGAUACUACACUGAGUCCUUCAGCGACUACUGCGGUGCUGGCCUUGCGGGUGGAGGAAGCACCAUCUUCUCGUCAUCCACCUUGUCCACCCUGCUGCCCUCGCUCCCUGCAGACACCUCCAACUUUGUGCUGAGGGAUUCCUGGGAGACUGCUGCGACCGAGGUCAUGGAAGGCUUAUGCGCUGACAGCCUGGUUCCAGCUCCGCUUAUGGGCUCUCUGUCUGGCUCAGAGCUACACAGCCCGGGACAGUACCGGGCCUCCUCCAAGGGAUCAGUCGUACCCUCUUCUCAGUUCUACCCGCUGCACCCACUAGAGGAUGGGCACUACCCCUCCCCCUUCCAGCCUGCGCCCGGUGGCUUCGUGUACCCGACGUACACGGCAGUCUCCGGCCAGUCCACCACCAAAACAGCAGCUCUGUCCUUAGCUGAGACUGAGAAUCCACCACUGUUGAGUGACACAUUCCCGUGGGUCAGGGAGGACACCAGCAGUGGGCCCUGGUCACAGUAUGAAAUCAGGAGAGCUUUCUGAUGCAUUUCCGACUGGAAGAA